CCCCCCUUUCCUGCCUUCCUUCCCCAGCACACCACCGGCCUCCGUAUCCUGCACGCCCCACGCCACCAACAGCUUCCUUCCCUCUCGCCCUCGCCGGGGGCGCUUGCUAGGGUUUGGGAAUCCGAAGGGGGCUAUGGCUUCCCUCGCAAUGCCGGAGGAGGCGGAAGCGCGGGCCCGCGGCGAGGAGGCGGAGCCGGUGACGCCGCCGCCGCAGCAGGCGGAGGGGGCCCAGGAGGUGGGCGAUCGGCGGCUGCUGCGGUCGCAGUACCUCGCCGUGAAGAGCCUAAUCAGCGAUGAGAAGGAUGAUAUGGCGAAUGCGGACUCCGAAAGGUUCAGCUCCAUCAUCAACAAGGUGGAGAGCCUGCAUCAGCAUGUUCAGAGGCCAAGGGAGCAAAUAGCUGAUGCAGAAGCCCUGCUGGACCUUGCUGCCAGUUUGGUAACAUCAGUAAGGUCCCAAUCAGUUAUGGGAAUCACGCCUUCUGAUUUUGUUGCUGGACUGCUGAAUAAGUUUGGAAAGCUAGGGGGGCCUGAUGAUGAGCAUGCCUCGUUGGACUGGGCUCGUCUUGGACGUGGCGCUUCUCAUAUUUUCAUGUUUGCUCCUGGAUGUGCCACAAUGAUUGGCCCCAUGAAGAUAGAAGUGAAGCCAAGGAGGGUCCGUAUUAGGAAAAUGAGGACUGCAAGACCUCGUGGAAGUUCUUGCCCUGAACAGCUUGCUGACCCCACGGAGAAAACAAAGAGUGAUACUGAUAAGAAUAUGUCUGCUAUAUUUAAUCUGCUGAGGAGGAAGAAAAAUGCAAAGCUCGAACACCUUGUUUUAAACAGGAUAUCAUUUGCCCAAACAGUGGAAAACAUCUUUGCCUUGUCAUUCCUAGUGAAAGAUGGCAGGGUUGAAAUCAAAGUGAAUGAUGAGGGGCAUCAUAUUGUCUAUCCAAGGAAUGCACCUGCUGCUAGCGCCAUUGGCUCAGGAGAAGUGGUCUACAACCAUUUCGUCUUCAGAUUUGAUUUCAAGGACUGGGAGCUCAUGAAAGGGAUGGUUCCAGAGGGGGAAGAGCUUAUGCCCCACAGGUGUUCUCAGGACGCACCUGGCACAACAGCAAACAGUCACCCUGAACCUGAGUUGUCCCAGCCCACACAGAGCGCACCGAUCAGGAAGCGAUGCAGGAAUCGGGGCCUGGUCUUGCAAGAUGAGAUUGUUGCGACGGGCACACAGGAAGUCACGGCAGACAGGACGGUGGCAACAGGCGCGCAGCAAGUUGUGGAAGACGAGGUGGCGGCACCCACGGGCCCAAAGGAUGCCAUGGAAGAUGAGGCUGGAGCAGGAACUGCCGCGAGGGAAGUCAUGGACGACAAGAUGGUGACCAAGAACAGGAAGGAGAUCAACCUAACAUACAAGCGCCGGCGCCUCUUCCAGGACCUGGAGGACUGAUGCCCCCGACUUGGUUUAGAUGUGUUUGGGCUAAGCACCUUACAUGGUUGCGUGGCGCGGGUAGUGGUGGCUUUUGGGAAGUGUUCGGCCUGUCACGUUGUUUUGGAGGUGUUUAAGGUUUCUGGUGUAUGUAGGACCGAGGUAGCCGUAGUCGAGAUGGUGGAUAACUGGGAACGAGUUUGCUGGUACUAGUCUGGUGCUCUUGCUCUGAACUUCUGCUGAUGCAGGUGUCCUUGGUCAUGCUCUUAACUGUAGCUGAUGCAGGUGGCUAGGCGGCCUAACUUGGAAAUUGGAACUAUAACUGAUAGCA